UAUUUUUUGGUGCAAUGUAAGAGUGAAAAUGGAAAAUUCACCGUCCAGUUCCAUAGAGAAGCAAAUUGAUCAUUUUCUGGAGCAUUUUAAACGGAGUGCAUCCAAGGCCAUCGACACGGAGUGGGGCAGCGGCUCGGAUAUCAACAAUGGACCGUCUAGCAGCAGUCCUCAAAGGCAGCAGCCGCUGCAGCGCUUGCUGCAACGCACCAAAAGCAGAUCCAGCUGUCUAGAUGUAUCGGAACUGUCGGAUAAUGAUGUGGAGAGCGCACUGGCCGAAUCGCAGGCAAUUGUGAUGAGCGCAUCGCAAACCCAGCAGCGGCAACAGCAGUUGAUCAGCCAGCAUAUGAUCGACUCUCAGAUAUCGGUCAGCAGUGGCGCUUCCAUACAGACGGCGAUAUUUCAAUCGCUCAGCAACUCGCCGGCGCACACGAACCGCAGCUCAGGACUGCUGCAGCAUACAACGUCGACGAUCAGCAGCAACUCGACGAGCUCCGUCAAUUCACAGGGCAUAGCCUAUGCCGCUGAGGCAAUCAGUUCGCAAAAGCCCGCCGAACAGAUCAACUCGCUGCUGGAACACAUUAGUCCUGCUCAAGCGGCUGCCGCCAUGAGUGGCGAGGGUGUGCUCAACAUAGCAGAUGUGGCAGAUCUGCUGCAUCCCCAGCAUGCGGUCAUCACAGGGGGGCGCUCGCAAGAGGGCUGUCCCCUCAUCAUCUUUCCGGACAACAACAAUUUCAAUUCCAUCGAAGAAGCCGACUAUCAGAAGCUCAUUUUGUACCUUAGCUCAGUACCAUCCCUCCAGGAUGCUGAUCUCGGGUUCCAUUUGAUUAUUGAUCGACGCAAGGAUCGCUGGACCUCGGUGAAGACAGCAUUGCAGCGCAUAUCGAUCUAUUUCCCGGGUAUUAUACAUGUGGUCUAUGUGCUGCGUCCAUCUGGACUCUUUCAGAAGGCCAUAUCCGAGGUGAGCUCGAAAUUUUCCUCCAAGGACGAAUAUCGCUUUCGGCUCAUCGUGUGCUCGGCUCUAAGCGAUCUACAUGAAUUUGUCGACACAAGUCAGUUGACACCCGACAUGGGUGGCACCUUAAUCUAUUCACAUCACGAGUGGAUACAGCAGAGGAUUUCACUGGAGAAGUUCUCGAGUCUAACACAUCAAGUUUCUGCCGAGUUGGAUGUCUUUAUACAAGCCAUACAUGACACAGAGUUUCCCAAUUCCGUGGAGGCAACUAGGAAGUUACUGGAGGAUCAGGGCGUUGACUAUGCGCGUCUAAAGGAUGAAAUACUGGCUGCUGCCAAGCAUGGGGAGACGCUGCUGGACAAAAUCAAAUCCAACGAGGAGCUCAAGGAGUUCUCGGAGCGCACCGGCAAUGUCAGCGCCAUUGAAAGACUGCUGAUCCAGCUGGAGGAAACUGAGCGUCGCUUCGACGAGUUCUGGCGGACGCAUCGCAACCGUCUGGAGCAAUGCCUGCUUCUGCGCAUGUUCGAGCAGGACUUCCGGGAGCUGCAAAAUAUCUUCGAUGGGCAUCUCAAGACGGUGGCGGACAUGACGGAGAUUGGCGAGAGCGUGGAACGCGUUGCGACGCUCGUUCAGGAGACGGAACAGUUCUGCAAGCUAAUUAAAGCGGACGUCGAGCGAGCUGAAGAGGCUAUUCAAGCUGGACAGCAGCUGAUUGGCUCUCGUGGCGUCUACCCCUGGGAGAUUGUGCAGCCCAAGUGCGAUGAGCUGCAGCGCGUCUGCGACAUAAUCAACAUGCGUCUGACUAAGCGGCUUGAAAUUCUGGCCAAGAACAGCGAGCUUAUGGAGAGAGUUGAAAAGGCUAAUCAAUGGUGUGCCAAUGGUGUGGAGCUCUUGGCCUCACAGCGCAUCGAGAAGUGUUCCGUGUCGGCCGAUCUAGCCGAGCAGAGCCUGCACGAAAUCCAGGCUUUCAUAGCAUCCGCUUCAGAUUUCAAAUUAUCUAGUCCAAGUGAAUUCAAGAAAAUCUUUCUGGAUAGCACGACACCGGAGACCAAAGCACUCGUAUCUCAGGUUCUGCAGCGCAUCGAUGAUGUCUCCUUGAUGUGCGACAAGCGCAUUGCGAGCCUCAAGAAGCUGGCGCUGAAGCCACCGCGUCCUGUGCAACAGGUGACGCCCGAGCCAGCCGUGCCGCUGCAGCCGCCCGGCGGAGCGCCCCAUCUGUUGCGACGUAAACAAAAUAAGACUGGUAUACAUGAGUUACGACCCAGAUCCAUGGAUGGUGUCAUUGACUCGGGCGUUUCGUUAAAUGGCGACAGCGGCUCGAGUCCAGACAACGGCGAACACCUGCAGAAUCAACAGGAUGCUGAGGCGAGAAAGCUUAAACAGGGUCAUGUGCUGUCCGAGCUGUUGGAGACGGAGCGUAUCUAUGUGAAUGAAAUGAGUUCGAUUCUAAAGGGCUACUUUGACCAAAUGCAAUCUGACGAGCUGAUGCACCUGGUUCCGGCCAGUCUGCAAGGCAAGGAGGAAAUACUUUUUGGCAAUCUGCAUGAGCUCUACACAUUUCACAACGAGGUCUUUCUCAAGGACCUGGAGAACUGCAUUUCGACCACGGAACUUGUCGCGCUGUGUUUUGUGCAAAGGCGUGAUACCUUCUACAGGCUGUACUCGUUCUAUUGCCAGAAUAUACCACGCUCUGAUCGUCUGCGUGAAACGCUUGUCGACACCCACCUGUUUCUGCAGGAGUGUCAAAAGAGAUUGGGUCACAAGCUGCCGCUGGCUGCUUAUCUUCUGAAGCCCGUGCAACGCAUCACCAAAUAUCAGUUGCUGCUGAAGGAUCUGUUGCGCUUCAGCGACAGCGGCAGCUGCACCAAGGAGCUGCAGAAGGCGCUCGACUGCAUGCUGAUUGUGUUGAAAUGCGUCAAUGAUUCCAUGCACCAAGUGGCUAUAACAGGAUUCCCAACCGAUCUGGCACAGCAGGGCGAGCUGCUGCUGCAGGACUCGUUUCAGGUGUGGACCGAGUCGAAGAAGGAUAUACGCCUGCGCAUCAAGCCACAGCAGCGACACAUCUUUCUGUACCAGAAAUCGUUGCUCUUCUGCAAGCAAACCUCCAAAGCGGGUCACAACAAGAGUACCUACCAGUUCAAGCACCACGUUAAGAUGUCACAAAUUGGUCUGACGGAGUCAGUUCGCGGCGACACCAAGCGCUUCGAGGUCUGGCUGCAGGGCCGCCAAGAGGUGCACACCAUGCAGGCGCCUUCGUUGGAAGUCAAGAAUAAGUGGGUGGCUGAGAUCAAGCGGGUGCUGCUCAACCAGCUCGAGGAACUGAAGGGCGAGAAAAUCAAACAGUAUGGCCUAAAUCAUCGCGGGCUCAAGCAAACGACUUCCUGGGACACGCCCAACAUUAUACUGGGCACGCCGAGUCGAAAUAUCAGCUGCGAUGCAUCCUCAGAGUCCUCCAAUCGCAACUCCAACUGCAGCAGCGAAGAGAAUGGCCCGGCGGCCGCUGCCUGCGCCAACUCGAGCGGCGGCAUUGCCGACAGGGAUCAUCCCGAGGGCUGUGGCUGGAGCUCGGACUAUUCAAACAGCGAGGACGAGAUCUCCGUGAACGAGGACAACAGCACACCGGGCAGUAAAUUCAUUGCCCUGGCUGAUUAUACGGCUAUGGGUCACUCGGAAGUUUCGAUGCGAGAAGGCGAAGCUAUCGAGCUAUUAAAAGUGGGCUGUGCCGGCUGGUGGUACGUGCGCGUCUUAGAUACCAAUGCAGAAGGUUGGACCCCGGGCGCAUAUUUGGAAUCGAUCAAUCGAAAAUCGUCAAGAUCAUCGAGCUGUAAUCAGGAGCGAAUAAUACAAAAAUAAAUAGCUAAAAUCAGGAACUUAUCUCCAUCUUCAAAUCAAAAAUCAAAUGAAGUCGAGCUGCUUGACGUCGAGUUUUCAAAACUAAAUCUAUCGCCUUUUAAAAUAGAUAACAGUAUUUGAGCUUUUUCUACUUGAAGUCCCACUCUAUAUAUAGACACACUCUAUAUAUAGACACACGCACUUUCGGAAUCUGAUCAAACUAAACCUUCAAAAAUCUCCAUUCUGAAUCUGAAUAACCCUCCAUUUCGUAUCUUUGGCAAACGUGUAAAUUGUGGAUAAACAAAAAAU